AUGUGGAAAGGGAUUUGGAAGCUCCGUCUCCCCAAUGCUGUGAAGAAUUUUCUUUGGUGUUUGGUGAAAGGAAUCCUCCCAGUCAGAACAAACUUGAUUAAGAAAGGUAUGUCCAUUGACCCUUGCUGUCCGCUAGGCUUCUCUACCUGCGAAUCGGAGAACCGUCUCUUUCUAAACUGCAACAUCGUGAAGUUGGUCUGGUUUGCUCCUUCCUUGGGGUUCUGCAUUCCUAAUAACACCGGGGUUAGGGAAUGGCUUCUGAACUGGUUUAGAUGCUCUGAUGAUAGAGGCUUGGUUUUGGCGUGUGCCACGGUUUGGAAAAUUUGGCAGGCGAGAAACUCUCUUCUAUUCCAGCAUAAACCUUUUACCCCAUUGGAAGUGGCGAAGAAUGCUUUGGCUAUGGCUGCAGAAGUCCUUGACAUAAGUGGCACUCAUGGGGCUGGUGGGCUAGAGCUGGGUUUGAGUGUUCCGUUGGGAGUGGAUUUUGUUGUGCCAGUUGAUGCAGGGUGCUUUCCGGAUGGUUCGAUGGGCUGGGGAUGCGUGGUUAAAGAUUCUUCGGGUGCGGUGUGCUUUAGCGCUUGCAAGAAACAACACAUCUCUGUUCUUGUUAUUGUGGUUGAAGCAAUGGGCGUGAGGUUUGUUAGAAGGGCAUAUAUUGCUGAAGCCCAUGAGCUUGUUGGUUUUGCUAGGACUUUUGGUAACAAAACCUGGCAUAACUUGUAUCCCUCUGUUUGA